AUGGGCUUCUCCUUCUUCAAGAACACGGCCGUGGUGUCGGACGACCCUUUUGGGCCGGCCGAUGCCGACGACGAGGUGCGCUCCGUCCAUAGCUCUCAUUACGGUAUCGGCCGCGACGACGACGGACCGGCAGUGACGCGUACAGAGGACCGCGAUCUGCGGCGCGGGCUCGAGCAGCGCCAUUUGUCGAUGCUGGGCAUCGCGGGCGCCAUUGGCACGGGCCUCUUCCUAGGCCUGGGCGCGUCCGUGCAGCAGGGCGGGCCGCUGGGCGCGCUGCUUGGCUACCUAACCGUCGGCGUGGCUGUUUGUGCGGUGCAGUUUGCUCUCGGCGAGGUGGCCGCGCUCUUCCCUGUCACGGGCUCGUUUGUGCGCCAUGCCGAGGUGCUAGUCGAUCCGGCCCUGGGUUUCGCCGUCGGCUGGAACAUUGUGUACGGCAACCUGCUCUCAGUGCCGACUGAGAUCACGGCCAUCUGCGUGCUCUUCGAAUUCUGGACCGACAUCAGCCCGGCUCUCUGGAUCUGCAUCUUCAUCCUGGUGACCACGAUUGUCGGCUUCUCGCUGAUUCGCGUCUUUGGCGAGAUCGAGUUCUUCUUCUCCUUGCUCAAAAUCGCCCUCGUCGUCUUCCUCAUCAUCCUCGGCCUUGUCGUCGACCUCGGCGGCGUUCCCGGCACUCCACGCAUCGGCUUCCGCUACUGGCGUUCGCCAGGCCCCUUUGUCGAGUACAUUGCUACCGGAACCUGGGGCCGCUUCCUCGGCUACUGGAGUGUCAUGACCACAGCCGUCUUCUCCUUUGCCGGCGUCGAGUCGCUAGCCAUGGCCGCUGCCGAAACCCGCAACCCUCAGCGCGCCAUCCCGCGUGCCUGCAAGAAUGUCUUCGCCCGCAUCAUCAUCUUCUAUGGCCUUGCCGUGCUUAUUGUCGGCAUGCUCGUUGCCAGCAAUGACUCGCGCCUCAAUGACGACUCUGGCACGGCAGCCCAGAGCCCCUUUGUCAUCGCCGCCUCAGCCGCCGGCCUUCCUGCCGUUCCCUCCGUCGUCAAUGCCGUCGUCAUUACGUCCGCUUGGUCCUCAUCCAACCAAGCUCUGCUUUCCGGCACCCGUGUGCUCUACGGCCUCGCCCUUAAGGGCCAGGCUCCCCGUGUUUUCCUGCGCACAAACUCUUGGGGCGUCCCAUACGUCUGUGUCACCCUCUUCACCCUCUUCAUGUUCCUCAGCUUCAUGUCGCUCUCCAGCGGCGCCCUCAACGUCUUCUACUGGCUAGUCGAUCUGACCUCCGCCGGUGUCCUCGUCAGCUGGAUCACUAUCCUCUUCAACCACAUCCGUCUGCGUCUGGCUUUGCGCAAACAAGGCAUCUCAGCUAGCCGGCUGCCGUGGUCAAAUUCUUGGACCUUGUACUCCUCUUAUGUAGCGUUUGUCUUCAACAUUAUUGUCCUUCUGACCAAUGGCUUCACCGUGUUCACAAAAGGAAACUGGGAUGCCGCCUCGUUUGUCUCAGCUUACUUGGACAUUCCACUUGUCUUAUUAGCGUUUUCUAUCUGGAAAAUCCUCAAAAAGACAAAGAUGGUCUCUCUAGACGCGAUACCGCUUCUCGAAGCACUAGAUCAGUCCGACCAGUACCCAAACGAGCCGCUUACCAAGAGAAAGGGAAUAGUUCGUCUUGUCAGCUGGCUUUGGGACUGA